UAUUCUGGAGCUCUUCCUGGCCUCCCUACUUCAUAUGCUGCUUUGCAUAGAAUUAAGAAGAGUUCCUCUUCAGCCUUGUAUGGUUCAAGGACUAGACCACGAUACAGCAGCCCUUCAUCAGGAACACUGAGUGUUUCUUCACCAAGCUGGCGAGGGGCAGCUCAACAUUAUUAUUCCCCCAUCAAUCUUUAUCAUCCCUCAGAUGCCUUCAAACAAGAUGAAAGUGUGGAUUACGGGCCAGUGUUUGUGCAAGAACCAGAUGAUAUAAUUUUCCCGACUGAUUCUGAUGAAAAGAAAGUAGCACUGAAUUGUGAAGCUCGUGGCAACCCAGUUCCCAAUUACAGAUGGCUUCGAAAUGGAACAGAAAUAGAUUUGGAAAGUGAUUUUCGCUACAGUUUGAUAGACGGGGCCUUUAUUAUAAGCAAUCCAAGUGAAGCAAAGGAUUUUGGUCAUUAUCAGUGUUUGGCAGCCAACACAUUUGGAAGUAUUCUUAGUAGAGAAGUCAUACUUCAGUUUGCCUAUCUGGGAAACUUCAGUGGCCGGACGAGAAGCGCGGUGUCCGUGCGGGAAGGCCAAGGCGUCGUCCUCCUGUGCUCGCCGCCUCCUCACUCGCCAGAAAUCAUCUAUAGCUGGGUAUUUAACGAGUUCCCUUCCUUUGUGGCCGAAGACAGCCGGCGGUUCAUUUCCCAGGAGACAGGCAACCUUUAUAUUUCUAAAGUCCAAACAUCAGAUGUUGGCAGCUAUAUUUGUCUGGUGAAAAACACAGUGACGAAUGCUCGAGUACUUAGUCCUCCAACACCACUGACUCUGCGUAAUGAUGGUGUGAUGGGAGAAUAUGAGCCGAAAAUUGAGGUCCAUUUCCCUCUCACAGUUACAGCUGCUAAGGGAACAACUGUUAAGAUGGAGUGCUUUGCACUUGGCAACCCAGUUCCAACAAUCACAUGGAUGAAGGUUAACGGUUAUAUUCCUAGUAAGUCACGUCUGCGUAAAUCUCAGGCAGUACUGGAAAUACCCAAUGUGCAGCUGGACGAUGCAGGCACAUAUGAGUGCAGAGCUGAAAACUCACGUGGAAAAAAUUCCUUUCGUGGACAGUUGCAAGUAUACACAUAUCCACACUGGGCAGAAAAACUGAAUGAUACUCAGUUAGACAGUGGGAGCCCUCUGCGAUGGGAAUGUAAGGCGACUGGAAAACCCAGACCCACCUACCGCUGGCUGAAGAAUGGAGUGCCCCUCUUGCCUCAGAGUAGGGUUGAGAUGGUUAAUGGAGUAUUGAUGAUCCACAACGUGAAUCAAUCAGAUGCUGGAAUGUAUCAGUGUCUGGCUGAAAAUAAAUACGGAACCAUCUAUGCAAGUGCUGAGCUGAAGAUUUUAGCUUCAGCUCCCACUUUUGCACUGAAUCAACUGAAGAAAACAAUAAUUAUUCCCAAAGACCAAGAAGUCAUCAUAGAGUGCAAACCUCAAGGAUCUCCAAAACCAACUAUCUCUUGGAAGAAGGGAGACAAAGCAGUUAGAGAGAAUAAAAGAAUAGCUAUUCUUCCAGACGGGAGUCUCCGGAUCCUAAAUGCUUCUAAAUCAGAUGAGGGAAAGUACGUUUGCCGAGGGGAAAAUGUCUUUGGUUCUGCUGAAAUCACAGCUACAGUAUCUGUAAAAGAACCUACAAGAAUAGAGCUUACUCCUAAAAGAACAGAGUUAACAGUGGGAGAAAGCAUUGUCCUUAACUGCAAAGCAAUUCACGAUCCUAGUUUGGAUGUCACUUUCUCCUGGACACUAAAAGGACAGCCUAUCAAUUUUGAAAAGGAAGGUGGACAUUUUGAAAGCAUCAGGGCCCAAGCAUCCUCUGCAGAUUUAAUGAUCAGGAACAUCCUUCUGAUGCAUGCUGGGAGAUAUGGCUGCAGGGUACAGACCACAGCAGACAGUGUUUCAGAUGAGGCAGAACUUCUUGUUAGGGGCCCCCCAGGCCCCCCAGGGGUAGUGAUUGUGGAGGAGAUCACGGAGAGCACAGCCACGCUCUCCUGGAGCCCAGCAGCUGACAACCACAGCCCCGUCUCCUCCUACAACCUGCAGGCUCGGAGCCCCUUCUCCCUGGGCUGGCAGACGGCAAAAACAGUCCCAGAAGUCAUAACAGGGGACAUGGAAUCAGCCAUGGCAGUGGACCUGAACCCCUGGGUAGAAUAUGAAUUCAGAGUGGUGGCCACCAAUCCAAUUGGGACUGGAGAUCCAAGCACUCCAUCUCGAAUGAUCCGCACAAAUGAAGCAGUUCCAAAGACAGCACCUACCAAUGUAAGUGGAAGAAGUGGAAGAAGGCACGAAUUGGUCAUCGCCUGGGAGCCAGUAUCUGAAGAGUUUCAGAAUGGGGAAGGCUUUGGCUAUAUUGUGGCUUUCAGGCCCAAUGGAACACGUGGCUGGAAGGAAAAAAUGGUGACAUCCUCUGAAGCUUCCAAAUUCAUCUAUCGAGAUGAAAGCGUCCCUCCUCUUACUCCCUUUGAAGUGAAGGUUGGAGUUUAUAACAAUAAAGGGGAUGGACCCUUCAGUCAGAUUGUUGUCAUAUGUUCAGCUGAAGGAGAACCCACUGCUGCUCCCACAGAUGUCAAGGCUACAAGUAUGUCUGUGUCAGAGAUUCUUGUUGCAUGGAAACAUAUUAAAGAGAGUCUAGGAAGACCCCAGGGAUUUGAGAUUGGUUAUCGGAAAGACAUGGAACAAGAAGAUGCAGCAGAAACCGUCAGAACGAGGGGGAACGAGUCAUCCAUCAUCCUGACUGGAUUAGAAGGAAAUACGCUAUAUCACUUCACAGUGAGGGCUUAUAAUGGAGCUGGAUAUGGGCCACCCAGCAGUGAAGUGAGUGCAGCCACCAAGAAACCCCCCCCCAGUCAAGCACCUAACAAUGUCAGGUGGGAGCAACAGGGUUCUCAGCUUUCUCUGGGCUGGGACCCCGUCAGACCAUUAGCCAACGAGUCUGAAGUCAUGGGCUACAAGGUUGUUUAUAGGCAAGAGGGUCACAGCAACAGUCAAGUUAUUGAAACGCAGAAACCUCAAGCAGUAGUCCCACUCCCAGACGCUGGAGUCUAUAUUAUUGAAGUUCGAGCAUAUGGUGAAGGAGGAGAUGGAACCGCUAGUUCCCAAAUCAGGGUCCCAUCAUAUUCAGGUGGGAAAAUCACCAGUGCUCAGUCAGCCCUCCACACUCUCUCCAUGUCCUCAUCAGUAACAUUGCUUUUGGCAUUGAUGAUUCCUUCAACCCCUUGGUGA